AUGACGGAUGACGGCGGCGGCGGCGGCGGGGCGUCCUCUCCUCGCCUUGGCUCUUGGGUUGUUGAUGUGGCUGUCUGUGUCGAGGGCCGGGGCCCCUCUGGCUGCGGGAGAGCCGUCUCUGACAGGUCCCGGGUGGCUCGCCUGCUCCCCGGCACGGAGAUGAUGGACGGGGAAUCCAAUCCUGGAGGAAGGAUGCUGGUCAGCGGCUCAGUGAGGGGCCUGCGGCUGAGGCUCAUCUGCUUGUCCAACUUAUGUCUGCUUUUCUGCUUCCUGGAGGUAUCAGAGAGCAGGAGAGCCCCCAAGAUACCACGCUGCCCCCCAACCUGCUCCUGCACCAAGGACAGUGCCUUCUGCGUGGACACCAAGGCUAUUCCCAAGAGUUUCCCAUCCGGAAUCAUCUCUCUGACAAUGGUAAAUGCAGCUUUCACUACGAUCCCAGAAGGAGCCUUCUCCCACCUGCACCUCCUGCAGUUUCUUCUGCUGAACUCCAACACGUUUACUUUGGUUGCUGAUGACGCCUUUGCUGGCCUGUCUCACCUGCAGUACCUGUUCAUAGAGAAUAAUGACAUCCAGGCUUUGUCAAAGCAUACCUUCAGAGGACUCAAAUCCCUGACUCAUCUGUCCCUGUCUAAUAACAACCUGCAGAUGCUGCCGAGAGAGCUCUUCAAGCACCUUGACAUCCUCACCGAUUUGGACUUGCGGGGAAAUUCCUUCCGCUGCGACUGUAAAAUCAAGUGGCUCGUAGAUUGGAUGGAGAAAACCAACACCUCGGUGCCAGCCAUAUACUGUGCCAGCCCAUUUGAAUUUCAAGGCCGCCGAAUCCGUGAUCUCACCCCAAGAGACUUCAACUGCAUCAGUGCAGAUUUUGUCGUCUAUGAAACGUUCCCUUUCCAGUCUGUGUCGGUGGAGUCCUACGAAUUCAACGGAGACACGUAUGCGGCCUUCGCUCAGCCCGAUUCAGGAUUCUGCACCCUGUAUGCAUGGGAUCAUGUGGAGAUGGUCUUCAGGAGGUUCCACAACAUAACCUCUCGCUCCGCCGUGUACUGUAAGCCUGUGGUAAUAAACAACACCCUUUACAUGGUGGUGGCUCAACUUUUUGGAGGAUCUCACAUCUACAAGUGGGAAGAGGACCCGCAGCGUUUUGUGAAGAUCCAGGAUAUUGAUACUACUCGGGUGAGAAAGCCAAACUUUGUGGAAACCUUCGAGUUGGAUGGUGAAUGGUACUUCGUAGUGGCGGACAGUUCCAAGGCGGGCUCCACCAGCAUUUAUCGGUGGAACAGCAACGGCUUCUACUCUCACCAGUCCCUUCAUCCCUGGCAUCGGGACACCCACGUGGAGUUCCUCGACGUUGGCGGUAAGCAGCACCUGAUUCUUUCCAGUGCCUCGCAGCCGCCGGUGGUUUACCAGUGGAACCGAAGCCAGAAGCAGUUUGCGUUCCAUUCCCAAAUCACCGAAUUAGUCGAUGUGCAGAUGGUUAAGCACUUCUGGGUGAGGAAAGUUCUGUACCUAUGCCUCACUCGCUUCAUUGGUGACUCCAAGAUCCUCCGCUGGGAAGGACAACGCUUCAUGGAGAUCCAGACCCUUCCCUCACGCGGCUCAAUGGCUGUGUACCCCUUCACAGUGGGCCUCCGCCAGUACCUCCUCCUAGGGAGUGAUUUCUCCUUUUCCAGGGUAUACUUAUGGGAUGACCUCACGCAGCGAUUUCAGCCUUUCCAAGAACUCAACAUGAGAGCCCCUCGGGCCUUUAGCCUCGUAUCUGUCGACAACAAGGACAUUCUGCUGGCUGCCAGCUUCAAAGGCAACACCCUCGCCUAUCAACACCUACUGGUAGAUCUCAGCGCUAAGUAG